AUGUCUUCAUCAGUUGACGUGAUGAAUAUCCGGGCCGUAGACUGGUUUGAAAUCAGAUCACUCUGCGCCUUCAGUGCAGUCCUUGCAGCGUUCUGGUUCCCAUACGUCGCCAUCAUUCAAUACCCCUCGCGUCUCCCGCGAAUUUGUGAACCAAAAGGCGCCACUCGGUUCAGUUUGAGAACACGCCUGGCUUUCCUCACGGAUUGCCAGAAGCUUUCAUUGAAGCAUAUAAGAAGUGGUCGAAGCAGGGAAAGACCUGCUUGUUCCCCAGUCUGGGCUUCCGAGACGAAGUCAUCAUGCCAACCAACGCUAUUCGUUAGAUUCAAUUCCAACCAAAUAAUGUCCUCAGCGCACAGCAGGCGAUUGUUGAACUCGACGGUGGUGUCUACAUGUUGGAGAAAACGUGAGACGAACAACAUCCUCGAAAUUACCAUCGUAUCUUUGGACGACGAGCUGAAGUUUACAUUCGAUGCGGAAUUCAGUACUAACACCAAGGAUUGGAAGGAGUUCAAUGUGCUUGAAACUGUUGAGCCAACUGUUGCUCAAGGACAAGAUGAAGAAUUCCUCAAGAAUCGGAUCGCUUACACCGAUAUUUGUUUCAUCAAUGCGGGCAUCAUUGGAAUCCUACCCAAAGUCUCCGCUCAAUUUUCGGGUCUCUUGCUAAAUCCAAAAAGCGAAGACGAUCCGCCAGACAUGUUGCAAAUGAUGCUCCGUUACGAACAGACAAAUUGCCCAGACGAGGUCAAUAUCGAUGAUGUGACCGGUCGUCUGGCACUCCUAGAUGUAGAAAUCUUUCAUCAAGCAAAUAUCGGAAUCGCGAAUGUUGUGUUCGAUAUCGUUGCUUCGGACUAA